CAGUGACGUAAGCGUGGAAGCCGGAAGUGGGAGAUCCGCGCUGUGUGGAGCUCGGUGUGUUGCUUGUUGUGAAGUGUGUGGAAUCACGAGGGGCCUGGAAGGAGAAAGUAGGCAACCGGGGUCCGCGGACAGGCUUUAUCGGUGGGAAGAUCACUCAGCGAAGGAUACGGUGGGAGGAGAGCCAUGAAGAGCAGUGUGGCCGAAGUCAGAAGUUUCUCCAGUUAUGACAAGCAUGACUCCUACCGCUCUCGCCGAAGAAGUUCCUCCUCUCCAGAGGACAGGUAUCGAGAGAGAGAUCGGUCACUAUCUCCAUAUGACAAAAGUUACUCUGAUCGCAACAGAGGAUACUCUGAUCAUGAGCAGUAUGAUGACGAUCGGCCAAGAAAUGGGCGAUAUGACCGGUCAGAGAAUACAAGGCAACAGGACCCCGAACGAGACAGAUCAAGAAGAGAUAGAAGUAGGGACUACGAACGAGACAGAUCAAGAAGAGAUGUAGAUAAGGAUUAUGACCGAGACAGAGCGAGGAGAGAUCCUGACAGAGACUCUGAUAGAGACAGAUCAAGACGAGAACCAGAUAGGGAGUGGGAGCGAGACCGUUCAAGAAGAGGCCCAGAAGGAGACUCUGAGCGAAGACGGAACAAUAGAUCCUCUCCACCAGGUGGAAAUAGUGAACAGAGAUCAGAAGAUCCAAAUUCAGCAGAGCCUCCAGUAAAGAAGAAGAAAGAGGACUUGGAUCCCAUUCUUACCCGGACUGGAGGAGCUUAUAUUCCACCUGCCAAGCUGCGUAUGAUGCAAGAGCAAAUAACUGAUAAGAGCAGCUUAGCUUAUCAGAGAAUGAGCUGGGAAGCAUUAAAGAAGUCAAUUAAUGGUCUCAUUAACAAAGUCAACGUGUCUAACAUUGGGAAUAUUAUUCAGGAGCUCCUUCAAGAAAACAUAAUUCGUGGACGAGGCCAGAUGUCUAGGUCUAUCCUUCAAGCUCAGAGUGCGUCUCCCAUCUUCACCCAUGUGUAUGCUGCUGUAGUGGCAAUCAUCAACUCCAAGUUUCCUCAGUUAGGGGAAUUAAUUCUAAAGAGACUGAUCCUAAAUUUCCGUAAAGGCUACAGGAGGAAUGAUAAGCAACUUUGUUUGACAGCUUCAAAAUUUGUUGCCCAUCUAAUCAAUCAGAAUGUAGCCCAUGAAGUGCUGGCACUGGAAAUGCUGACCUUGCUGCUGGAGCGACCUACAGAUGACAGUGUUGAAGUUGCUAUUGGUUUUAUAAAGGAGGGUGGCCUUAAGCUAACUCAAGUAUCACCCAGAGGUAUAAAUGCUAUCUUUGAGCGUAUGCGGAACAUCCUACACGAGUCGGAAAUAGACAAGCGUGUGCAGUACAUGAUUGAGGUCUUAUUUGCUGUCAGAAAAGAUGGCUUCAAAGAUCACCCAGUUAUCCCUGAUGGCCUGGACCUGGUGGAGGAGGAAGAUCAGUUUACACAUAUGCUGCCUUUAGAGGAUGAUUACAAUCCAGAAGACGUACUUAAUGUGUUCAAGAUGGAUCCAGAUUUUCUUGAAAAUGAAGAAAAGUACAAAACUAUUAAAAAAGAAAUCCUUGACGAAGGGGACACUGAUUCUGAAGGAGAAGGAGGAGGCAGUGGAGAUGACAGUGAUGAUGAUGAGGAAGAAGCAGAUGGAGCUGAGGACGGAGGAGAAGGGGAGAAAUUAACAAUACAUGACCAAACUGAAGUCAACUUGGUGUCGUUUCGCCGAACAAUAUAUCUUGCAAUUCAGUCAAGUUUAGACUUUGAAGAAUGUGCUCAUAAGUUAAUAAAGAUGGACUUUCCGGAUAGUCAAACGAAAGAACUUUGCAAUAUGAUACUGGAUUGCUGUGCUCAGCAGAGAACCUAUGAGAAGUUCUUCGGCUUGCUUGCAGGGCGUUUCUGUUUAUUGAGGAAGGAAUACAUGGAGGCUUUUGAAUUCAUUUUCAAAGAACAGUAUGACACCAUCCACCGGCUGGAAACAAACAAAUUAAGAAAUGUUGCCAAGAUGUUUGCCCACCUCCUAUAUACUGACUCUAUUCCAUGGAGUGUUCUUGAAUGCAUAAAUCUUAGCGAAGAAACAACAACAUCUUCUAGUCGUAUAUUUGUGAAAAUAUUCUUCCAGGAGCUGUGUGAAUAUAUGGGACUCCCCAAACUGAAUGCCAGACUUAAGGAUGUAACUCUUCAACCAUUCUUCCAGGGAUUGCUGCCCAUGGACUGCCCAAAAAACACUCGAUUUGCUAUCAACUUUUUUACUUCUAUUGGUCUCGGAGGAUUGACGGAUGAACUCCGUGAACAUCUGAAAAAUGCACCAAAAAUGAUCAUGACCAAAAAACAGGAUGUCGAAUCAUCUGAUUCCUUAUCCUCAGAGUCCUCUUCAUCUUCAGAGUCGUCAUCUGAAUCAAGCAGUGACUCCAGCUCAUCCAGUGACAGUGAUUCCUCCAGCUCCAGUAGUGACGCAGACACUUCAAGGAAAAAGAAAAGGGCAUCGAUAAAGGAGAAAGAAAAAAUCUCAAGAAGGGACAAAAGUACAGAACGGCCUCACAAAGCAGGUUCAAGGAAUGAACCUCGCAAAGAGAGGCAUAAAGAGAAAAUACACCACAAAGAUAUUCCUGAGGACCGAAGAUCAAGCAAAUCAGACAAAAAGUCUGCUAAGCACACAAAAAAAUCUCACAGAUGAUCUUUUUUGUAUAUUAAAUAACUUUUUUGUAAUCGCUUUUGGCAGUUGGACGCUAAUAAUGGACUGUACUACUAAGCAGAAGCUGUAUUUUAACAGCUAUGACGUGAAAUGUAUGUUUUUAUGUUGUGGGCCUGUAGUUUCAUGUCUCU